AUGAUAUCGGAACUAACGAAAGAGUCAAUUGAAGCUACGAAAUCUUUUACACAUCAUGAGAAGCAUUUGAAAAGUACGAACAAAGAGAAAAUAAUCGAUAUUGCUCAACUUAAACCAGGCGAUCAUAUCAGUUUUUAUAAAAGUGAUUUUUACUAUGCACAUCAUGGUAUUGUACAUGAAUCCAGUCCUAAUCAUAUUCGUCUUAUACAUUAUUUUAAUACAGCAGCAAAUGUUUUGAAUUCGUUGAUCAAAGGUUCAUUAUAUCUUGCUGAAGUUAUUGAAAGUGAAUGGAAAUUAACAAGAAAUAAGGAUAGUGAAGAAAUAUAUGUACAUCAUUAUGAUAAUAUGACAUGUUUUUCGAAUGAAGAAACUCUUGAACGAGCCAUUUCCAAUCUUGGAAAACGUGGCUAUUCAUUAUUCAGUAAUAACUGUGAACAUUGGGCACGAUGGUGUCGAACAGGUGAUUCCUAUUCAGAACAAGUUAUUAAUUUUCGUGAUUUUGUUAAACAAAAAGCAGCUACACUCUUAAUUGUUGAUCCCAUGGCACUACUUGUUAAAGAUAUAGCUAUGGUUGGUACUGAAAGUCUUGGAACAUUCCUCAGUGCUAUUGGAACAGGUUUAAUUCUUACGAGUGUUGAAUGUAUUUCAACAUUCGUUGAUAUUAAACGAAAACAAAAUGAACGACGACAAGGUGGCUUAAGUGAGAUGGCCUUCAAAAAAUAUGUUGUACGUCGAAUCACAUCAGCAUCCGUCACUAUCAUUGGAUCAACAGCAGGCACUAUUGUCGGUACAAUUUUUAUUCCUGUACCCGUUCUUGGUUCGAUUGUCGGUGGUAUAAUUGGAACUGUAAGUGGGAAAAUUAUCGGUGGCCUAUCGGGUAUUGCAUUGUCGAAAGUUGUUGAAGUAUACGAGAAACAGAAGCGAGAAAAGAUAAACGCGAUGACAACUAUUCCACAAUUAGUCACUCAAUUAUCGGACAAUGAACAACUUCUUCAAGGUUUAAUGAAAGUAACAAACAACUCUAAACAAGAAACACCAAUAGAAACCAUUGUUAGAGAAGCGACGACAUCUGACUCAUCGAAAUCGUCGUCAUCACUCUAUCCAUUUUUUGAACAACUAAUACGUCAAUACUCGACUUUCACAGAUGAAGAAUGUCAAAUGGCUACUCGACUCUCAGAGGAUGUGUUUUCGAAUUCAAAUACUUCGGAAUAUUUUGUACUUACACCGCUACCCGACGAAAAUUCACCUGAAGAAUUUGCAUCAGCAGUUGAUUUGCUUGUACUUCGAUGGCCGAUGGGAAAACCUCAACCAUGGGAAAAUGGUGAAGAACAAGUACUUGACAUCUAUGAAUUUAAUGCAAUAAAUGAAUCAGCCGAGUAG